AUUAAACUUAAUAAGAAUAAAACACACUAUGUGCCCCUCGGCGGGCCGCAACAACCGAGACAGAAAUAUGGCGGCGAAAUUAUCACUAUCAUCAUCGUCACUGUUCCUCAACUACCGGAGCUUCAUUAUCCCUCACCCUAUCUCAAUCCUAUUAUCCUUAACCCACUCAACCACCACCUCCACCACCAAUACGACGUCGUUUGCCUACUUGAGUCGCCACUUAACCACUAACACUAUAAGAAUUAGAAAAACACCAUUCACAUCUGCUUCUUCUGUAGCUGCCCUUACAUCAUCAACAACAAGUGUAUCUACUUCUUCUAAUCGAGACUCAGAAUAUGGUCGUUUGCUUCCGUGCCCUGCUGAGAGCUUUCAACCAAGAAUCGAACAUUUGGUUGUUAAAGAAGGAGGAUCGAUUCUUGACUUUAUAACCAAAUCUUUGGAUCUUCCGCCUUUGUACGUUGCAGAUCUUAUUAGUUUUGGAGCUGUGUUCUAUGCCCUUGUAUGUCCAAAGCCUCCUGUAACUGCGACACCGGAGGAAAUCAAGUUGUACAAAGAAGUUACCGAUCCGUCAGUACUCAGCAAGAGACCUUCAAUUAAAGGAAUUACUGUGAGAGAGGCGCAAAAAACAUUUAGGAUAACUCAUGUUGAUGAGUUCGUUGAAGCGGGGACAUAUGUGAGGGUGCAUGUACGCCCUAAACGAUUUCCAAGAUGCUAUGAAAUUGACUGGAGAUCCAGAAUAAUUGCUGUGACGGCAUCAUAUGUGGUUCUCAAUAAGCCUGCUGGUACAUCAGUUGGUGGAACUACAGACAACAUCGAAGAAACUUGUGUAAAUUUUGCUACUCGUGCCUUGGCAUUAACUACUCCAUUAAAAACGACUCAUCAGAUUGAUAAUUGUACAGAAGGCUGUGUUGUCCUAGCUAGAACUAAAGAUUACUGUUCAGUUUUUCAUAGAAAGAUCAGGGAUAAACAAGUGAAGAAAGUUUAUCUCGCACUUGUUGCUGCUUAUGUGCCAUGUGGGGUCAUGACCCAUUACAUGCGACCAUUUCGUAUGGCUCCAAAAAUUAUUUCCAAAGACUUUAUUAAGGGAUGGAACGUGUGCGAACUUGAGGUCUUAGAAUGCAGGAAAGUUCCUUGGCCAAAUGCUUUACUUGCAGAUAAGUAUGGAUUUGAGAAUUCAAAUUGGCCUAAUAAAGAAUUUGCAUACGAGUGCAAAAUUAACCUGUUGACUGGCCGUACACAUCAGAUUCGAGCCCAACUGGCCGCCUGUGGUGCACCAAUAGUGGGCGACUCAAUGUAUAUGCCAGCUGCAAUAGCAGAGGUAAUGACUCCUGGGAUAAACCCUUUCGGCAAGUACAAGAAGCAAUUUGAAAAUGAGGCUGAUAGAGAAUGUGCUGCUGAAGAAUGGGCUGCAAAACACGGGAAGGAGCCUGGUGUGACUAUUGGCCUGCAAGCUUGCCAAAUUUCAUGGGAUGAAGGUGAGCAUUUCUAUGAGGCUGGGGCUCCUUGGUGGCUACUCUUUUUUCACGAGAUUUAAAGAUGAAAAUGCCAUAUUCCUAUUGCUUAAUGAGAUUGGAUGAAAAAUUUGGAGGGAGAGAAUGGCAAAGAUGUAACACACAGACACAUUGGUUGGGUAGCCUAAUAGGACGAUGGUUGUAAAGGUUUCCGUUCAAGAACAUAGAAUAGCACGGUAAGCAGCUAAAUUGUGUGUAUAGCAAAGUUGUUGCUUUUUUUAUUUAUUUAUUUUUAACUAUGGGAGAAUUGUACUGUUUCAGAAGAUUUCAUUAUUUGUCUCCCCCUGUAACAGACAUAAGAUACUUUUGUAGAAGUCAUUUGAAUAGAACCUUGGAUCUCCAACUAGAUUGUUGGGGUAUUUCUGGGGUAUAGUUUACAAA